AUGUUAAAAUUGAAACCUUCAGAAUCUGCUCCAAAUUCUCUUAAGAUGCCACACUUAAAAGCUAAGGACUUAGACAAAAAAAAUGAAAUGGAUAAAGUAAUUUAGUAGCAAAUAAUCAUUGAGCCUGAAAUAGUGAGAUUUGCAGGAUUUGAAGUGGGCAAAUUAAAUUUACUCAAAAUUCGUGUGAUCAACAAGUAUCUUUAACCACAACGAAUUUUGGUUAUACCUCCUAAAACUAAUUUCUUCAAUGUCAAAUAUGAUAAGAAGGGAGCCAUUGCCUCUGGAAUGUUUGAAGAAAUUUAUAUUUCCUUCAAACCCUUUGAAUAUAAGCAAUACUAGGAUUCGAUGAGAAUCAACACUUAAUUUGAUUCGAUCUUGAUUCCAAUACAUGCUUUUCCAGCAAUCAACAGGGAUUAUUUAAGAGAUUUAUUUCCUCGGUAUUUGGAUUUUGGAACCCUUGAAUUGGGUGAAUAGUUUUCUUAAAGAUUUCCAAUUUAAAAUAAGGUACCUCUUAACUUUGAUUUUGAAUUCAUCGUCAUCAAGGACAACAUGGACUUUAGAAUAACUCCCCUGAGAGGCACUAUUCCUGACAAGGGAGUAACUGAAAUAGAAAUUCUCUAUAGACCUUCCAUUAAUGUAACUGUCUAUAUGGAAGUGGAAUUGAUUGUGGGAUCUGUAGACUUCGAACCUCUGCCAAUCAAACUUAUGGGAACCGGUCGAUCAUAAAAUGAUAAGAAUCUAAGUAGAAUUAGAAGACCUCAAUCAGUGAGAAAACUGCAUUCCAUAAUCCAAUAGCCAAAACAAAAUCAAAAAUUGAUCCCAAAAGACUUAUAGUCCUCUUAAGAGAACAUUGAUGAAUAUUCCAUACCUGAACAAUCCCCAUAGGUCAUUUACGAGGCCACAGGAGGAAACGAUCAAGUCGAGUAGUUUUAUCCAAUAAUAAAACCAACCACUAAACGGAUUAGACCAUAAAUAAUUGAAAACGAAGUGUUGGAAAUCAAAUAAGGUGUCUCUCUCUAGGGAAGACAAGUUAAAGAGAAGCAAUACCUCGAUCAUUUCAAUUAAAUAGCAAAUCUAGAUAAAGAAAAAGAAAAUAAACUCAAACAAUGCAUUGGAGAUUCCCCAAUCUAAAAGGAAACCAUCUCAGAAAUCAUGAGUUAAAGAGAACAAUUUAAUCAAUAGAUGUUAAAUUAGAUAUUCUAAAGUGGUAUUACAAGGUAUCAACUUUAACUUAAUAUUGACAAUGCAGUGGCUGAUUAAAUUUUACCAAAAUAUGAAUGUCAAUGGGAUUUCGAAAAAAAUGAUGUCAUCAAAAUCAAGAAAAUAGUAAGGCUUUUGAAACUAAAAAAAUUCAUCUAUGCAGUAACAAGAGUUAUCUAUAGAAUAAGAUUUGAUAAUAGGAUGUCCAAAAUCAGAGCAUUUUUAAAAGGAGCAACCAAAAGAUCAGAAGUUGAGAAGUUGGUCAACCAAGAUUGGUAAAAAGCAGAAUAUGCUGGUGUUGGCAAAAAAGAUUUUAUUGCCUUUACUUUUGAAUUCGAGGAAAAUUGCAUUGGAAAAUUUGCACUCCCAGUUUAAUACUAAGAAACAAACACCUACUCAUUUAAAUUUGAUAUUAAUCCAAGAACAGGAUUUGAUGAUUGGGCUCCAAUUGAACAAAUUCCUUAAUCUGAUUAAGAAGUCAUGCAAUAUAAAAAUUGGGAUUACCCUCAAUUAGUCUAUCAUCCUCCACUCUUAUAAUAAGUAGUUUUUAGAGAUGGAGCUGAAGAAGAAAAGGCAGUCAAAGGGAAAAUGGGGCCUAUUUAGAGUAUUUUAUCCACAAACCAGAAACUUGAAGAAACUAUCAAAAUUGUAAUGCAAAAACCUCCAGAAUAUGAAGGAGUUUAGUUAUUAUUGCCUCACAAAACUCUUCAAUGCUAUUUGCCAUUGGAAACUUGUAACCCCAUAGAAACUUCAUUUUUAUUAAACUAUAGAACCAUAUCUAAUAUAGGAUCAGACUUGGAUAUUGAUGCUUCCAGGAAUAAUUCAAUCAUAAAACAAGAAAUCAGCAAUAGAUAGGCAGGAUACAAUAAUCUAAACCUACUGUAUGAAUUAAAAUUGGACUAAUUUUAUUACUAAGAAAGGAAUAUGCAAUUAGCCUAUGAUUUUGGAUUUGAGGAUUAAAUUGAAUAAUAUUGUGCUUCUUUGAUGCAUGACAAGGAAAAGGAUGACUAUAUCACAGAUGACAGUGAUGAAGAGAGACCACCUUAGCCAGUUGUUGUUGACCAUAAUGAAUGGCUUGCGAAGUUAGAGCAAGACGAUAAAGCACUUUAACCAUUUAAAUAAGGUGAGAUCAUCGAUCAAUAAGAAUUACUAAAACAUAAAAUAGAUACUAAUUUAAUGUUUGAGAAAAAUAAAUGGAUCUCUACUGUGCCAUCUAAGACAAACGAUUACAACAAAUUUAUUAUCAAAAAUGAGAAUAAAAUUAUAAUUUUAUGA